CCAAAUGGCAGCCACGGUACAUGCGCGACUCUCUUCAAUGGUCAAGACACUUCGAGUCGCUCUUCCACGAGCAUUCACUAUAUUCCAGAGUUCACGACUGUCCUGCUGUGAUACUAGAAGUGAUGCUGAACACCAUCCUUUCUUUGGACACGGAGUAUGGCCGAGAAGCAGCGCGCGUGCGCCACAACAUGGUCUCUGACACGGUGAAGAGCCUUGUCAAGAUGGCGAGAAAAACGCUGAAAAGUGGUAGACGUCUACCUGUUGAAGGAUGUGGAUUGCUGUCGAAGUUGGAGGACGCAUUUGAUGAUUUCCUACGAGAUAUGGGACUGGCAAGAAUAGACUCGCUGCCUGAAGACUAUAACGCUGCGAGUGGAACCUUCGAAGAUGCAGAGGCCGCAUAUCGCACUAUCCUAAACGGCGCUAUAGCACUGAUCCUCGCAGACAGAUGGAACUCUGGUGACGUCGCACGCACCUAUGGACUUUUGCUUGGCUUCGAAUCUAUUCACGAAAUAGCAGAGAUGACUGAGAACGAAUUUUCAUCACCACAACACGACGUGGACCAAGCCAGUGGAGACCAAGAAGCCAUCCACAAAAAGCCUCAAGAAAGCUUGUGCUUCGGGCAGAAAUUCUACGUGUACCCACUUCACGAAGUUUUUCAAAAUCUUUCGAUACUAAAGUGUGCUUAUUCUCAGUGGGGGACGGAAGCGCUGUUUCAUCGAUACUUCGAAGACCUUGCUCCGUGUCGAGUAAGCAAGCCCGAAAUCGCAGACUGGUUUUUCGUUCCGAUGCUGUCAACAUGCUUGUAUGCACCACUUUGGGGACCUCAUGAAGGUAGGGCACGUUGGCGUGAGGAAUCAUCGAGAACAAGGAUAAACUCGUCUAACAUCAGUCGGCAAAGGCCACUUCUGUCCUCACUUACUAAAGUUGAAGCUGAUAGUCAAACUCGAAAUCGAAUCUGAGCUUUGAAGUCAAAAAAUUUUGAUUUUAUUCCAAAUUAAUUCAAAUUUAAUCCUAACGACCGAGUUGCAAACUCAACAUUGAAGCCGAACUUUGAGACCGGAUUUUUGAUUUUAUUCCAAACUAAGUCAAUUUAAAUCCUGACGAACGAACUGCGUUCAUCUGAUGUGUACUGUUAUUCUUAGUUUUGAGGAGAUAGAUCUACUUCAACUACAGAUAUUUUCUAAUACAAAAUAUGUGAAUGAAUUGAAUUUUGAUUUUAUGAACUUUUGACUGAAUUUGAUUGCUAACGAGCUCGUCUAAUUUUUCUCACAAUGGUAGAUGAAGUCUCAGCAUUUUGAUUCGUAGUUUUGUUUCGAAAUCCAUGCGGAUAAGAUAAUUCAAAAAAAAUAUUUUGAUUUAAUUAUCACGUUUAUAUUCUCGUCAUCGUCCUCCCCUUGUAUCGUCGUCGACGUUCUCCAUGAUCCUCCGCAUUCAUAUUCUAUCGUCGACGGUCGGAUCAGGAGUACGAAAGACAGUAUCAGCGAGAUUCGAAGAAGUGCCUGCUCGAAGAAGCAGCAUUUCUCUUUGCAGAUGUGUGGCAAUCUGAAACAGAACGGAAGCGUUGGGAACUGGAUGUUGCGGGCCUGCAGCUGCGUAAGGUUGCCGGACAAGAAGGAGCAGAAUCAUUGGGUGAUGGGACAAUCUUUGAUGGAGGCGAGGACCACGAUCAGCGUGGGGUGGAGCACAAUCAGAAUGCGCAUAGAAAUCAGGAGACUCGGGCAACGGCAAGCAUCAAUCAGGAAGACGAAGCGCGCGAAGUGCUACUUGGGGGGCUGCUUGAAAGUCACCAGGAGCGGACAAUUCUGGAGGAUAUGCCCGACAAUCUCGAUGACCUCGGCGGUUGGGAAAAGGAAGGCGAAGUAGCAACGGCUGUCAAUGCAUUUGUGGAUGCGGCGACAGCGACUAGCAGUAAGCCGAUACCCAAUGAUGCAGGACAAGGGAUACGACCACAAAGAACAUCAAGACGACCUUUACCCGACGAUAACAACAAACUCCUCGCUGACGAACUGGAGGCGAUCAAAAAGUUCGGUCGGUGUCGCCACACUGACUUGGAUAAUAUGGCUAACCGCGAAAUUUUUGGGCCUGCAAUUCGGGACGAAUUGUUUUUCAAGUCAAUGUGGUACAACCGCCGUCGUGGCGCGGACCACAUCUUUCUUUUCGCAGAUGGACAGGGUCCAAGACUCUUUGGAAAUUUUCAGAUGUUGCAAAAUUCGGUGUUUCUUAGUGUGGAGGCGACGUGUCCGACCUGGGCCGUACGGCCGAACCUAGAGGUGGAGCAAGACGUUUUUGAUUGUCUUCAGACCAUGCAGAAAGACAUUGUCAUUCCCGGUUUAGUAACUUUUGAUCGCGCACGUGGAUUGCUAGCUACGAAUAGACCGUCGAGUGAGCGCGAAUAUUUGGUAACGUUUCAUGGUCGACACCCAGAACACGCACUGAGCCAUAGGAAUGCCAAGAUCCGCGGACAGGUUCUGGACACCUUCGAGAAGUUACCAGGCGCAGACGUCAGUGCAGGCUUCGUAGAGAGCUACUUCGCACGAAAGGGCAACUCACACUUCUGCCUUGUGCCCGGCGGCAGCAGUCCGUGGACCGUGCACCUCUACGAGAGCUUUUUCGCUGGUUGCAUACCUGUCAUUUUGUCGGACGAGUAUCAAGUGGCAUGGAGAUCAGAGUUGCCGUGGGACGAGUUCUCAAUCAAGUGGCCAGAGAAUCUUCUACUGAAAGAUGAAGAUUUUGAGGCUGACCUUCAAAGCAUCGGAGGUGACUUAUCGCCGUCAUCAUCACCUGGGCUUCUCGCAUUGUACGCCUAUCUGCAAAACCUGAUCAACGGAGGUAGAAACGUUGCGAUGAAAGCUGCAGUAGAUCGGUAUCGUUGUUUUUUCGACUACUUUUCAACGACUCCGGCUUGCAGUCCAUGGCAUUUGGUGCAGCGAAAACUGAAGAAACGACUGAUCAUGCGUCGGUUAGAGAUGGAUUCGCCUCUUCUGCAGAGCAGCACCUCCGCUGGAAGCCAACAUGCUGAUCCUCUCUUGUCGAUCGAGGACAGUCUCAGCAUGCACCACAUCGAACAUAAAGAGGGAGCGCACGUCGUCUAUUCCGACGCCCACUCCGUAAACGACCGCUUUUGGGGUCCGACACCUUUUGAGGUCGCUUUUCCCGAGUCCAUUCCGCAAGAGCCGAUUCAUGAUGCUUUCGCAUUCGCCCACUAUGACCGAUUGUCGCGAUAUCAUACUGUAGAUGUACCAGCAAACCAACAACGACGCACUUUUGACAUGUUGAAUCGGACACGGGUGAAGUGCUGAAGAAACUCCAACUUUUUUCCCGCGUCCCCCGAAGAGAGCUCAUUCUUUCGUUUUUAAUAUUG